UGGAUGGUUUCUAGCCUGCUUCCAAACCCCACCUCGGCUGAGUGUUGGGCAGCACUUCUACAUGAUCCUAUGACGCUUGAUAUGGACGCAGUCCUGUCAGACUUUGUUCGGUCCACGGGGGCAGAACCUGGUCUGGCCAGAGACCUGCUGGAAGGCAAAAACUGGGACCUGACAGCUGCUCUAAGCGACUAUGAGCAACUCCGACAGGUGCACACAGCCAACCUGCCACAUGUGUUCAAUGAAGGGAGGUGCCCCAAGCAGCCUGAGCGGGAGCUGCCCCAGCCUGGGCACAAGGUGGAGCGGCCCUGCCUGCAGAGGCAGGACGACAUUGCCCAAGAAAAGCGACUUUCCCGGGGGAUUUCUCACGCCAGCUCAGCCAUUGUCUCCUUGGCCCGGUCACACGUAGCAAAUGAAUGCAACAAUGAACAGUUCCCUCUGGAGAUGCCAAUCUACACAUUCCAGUUGCCAGAUCUGAGUGUGUACAGUGAGGACUUCAGGAGCUUCAUCGAGCGGGACUUGAUAGAGCAGGCAACGAUGGUAGCUUUGGAGCAGGCAGGUCGCCUGAACUGGUGGUCCACCGUGUGCACGAGCUGUAAACGGCUUCUUCCUUUGGCCACGACAGGGGAUGGGAACUGCCUUUUACAUGCCGCCUCACUGGGAAUGUGGGGGUUUCAUGAUCGGGACCUGGUUUUACGAAAAGCUCUCUACACCAUGAUGAGGACGGGUGCUGAGCGGGAAGCCCUGAAGCGGAGGUGGAGGUGGCAACAGACACAGCAGAACAAGGAGGAGGAGUGGGAGCGAGAGUGGACGGAGCUGCUGAAGCUGGCCUCCAGCGAGCCACGUACACAUUUCAGCAAGAAUGGUGGCACAGGUGGAGGUGUGGACAACUCUGAGGACCCUGUGUACGAGAGCCUGGAGGAGUUCCACGUUUUUGUCUUAGCCCAUAUACUAAGAAGACCGAUUGUCGUCGUGGCAGAUACAAUGCUGAGAGACUCAGGUGGAGAGGCCUUUGCACCCAUCCCAUUCGGAGGAAUUUACCUGCCUUUGGAGGUACCUCCCAACAGAUGUCACUGCUCACCUCUGGUUCUAGCCUACGAUCAAGCGCAUUUCUCAGCUCUCGUGUCCAUGGAACAGAGAGACCAGCAAAGAGAACAAGCUGUGAUCCCCCUGACAGAUUCUGAGCACAAGCUCCUACCCCUGCACUUCGCGGUGGACCCAGGGAAGGACUGGGAGUGGGGGAAAGACGACAAUGAUAACGCCCGGCUAGCCCACCUCAUCCUGUCGCUAGAAGCCAAGCUGAACCUUCUCCACAGCUAUAUGAAUGUGACAUGGAUCCGGAUCCCUUCAGAGACCCGGGCUCCCCUGGCGCAGCCAGAGUCCCCAACCGCAUCAGCUGGGGAGGACGUGCAGUCCCUGGCCGAUUCCCUUGACUCAGAUCGUGACUCCGUGUGCAGCAAUUCCAACAGCAAUAAUGGCAAGAAUGGCAAAGACAAAGACAAGGAGAAACAGCGCAAAGAGAAGGACAAGACCCGAGCGGACUCGGUGGCCAACAAGUUAGGCAGCUUCAGCAAAACCCUGGGCAUCAAGCUAAAGAAAAACAUGGGUGGCCUGGGAGGCCUGGUACACGGUAAGAUGGGCCGUGCCAACUCCUCAAAUGGCAAGAACGGAGACACAGCCGAGCGCACCAAGGAGAAGAAGACCAAGUCUCGCAAGGGCAGCAAAGAGGAAUCCGGUGCAUCAGCAAGCACAUCGCCGUCAGAGAAGACCACGCCAUCGCCCACGGACAAAGCGGCAGGCUCAUCCCCGGCUGAGAAGGGAGGCGGGACAAGGGGUGACGCCUGGAAGUAUAGCACUGACGUGAAGCUGAGCCUCAACAUUCUGCGCGCUGCCAUGCAAGGCGAGCGCAAGUUUAUCUUUGCCGGUCUGCUGCUCACCAGCCACCGGCACCAGUUCCACGAGGAAAUGAUUGGCUACUACUUGACCAGCGCGCAGGAGCGUUUCAGUGCGGAGCAGGAGCAGCGGCGCCGCGACGCCGCGGCCAAUGCAGCCGCCGCCGCCGCUGCCACCUCCACAACCAAACGGCCGCAGCGCAGGCCAGAGGCCGAGGGCACUCCGGGAACUGAGCGUGCCUCUCCGGGCCCGCCGGCCGGGCAGCCCACGCAGCUGGUGCUUAAGCUCAAAGAGCGCCCGAGUCCAGGGUCCGCAGGGGGCUCGCGGGCGGCAAGGGUGGCAGCGGGCGGCACCGCCUCUCCUAGCAGCGGCGGCACCCGGCGUGCAGGCGCCAGCGGACAGACCCCUGGCCGAAGCCCGCCGGCGCCAGCGCGCCAGAGCGUCAUCCACGUGCAGGCGGCGGGCGCCCGGGACGAGGCCUGCGCACCGACAGUGGGCGCAUUGAGGCCAUGCGCCACGUACCCGCAGCAGAACCGCUCGCUGUCUUCGCAGAGCUACAGCCCGGCGCGGGCCGCUGCCCUGCGUACGGUCAAUACGGUUGAGUCGCUGGCGCGCGCUGUGCCCAACACCCUCCCCGGCGUCACAGGAGCCACAGCAGCAGCCGAGCACAAAUCGCAGACCUAUACAAAUGGCUUUGGCGCUACCCGCGACGGCCUGGAGUUCGCAGACGCCGACCCGCCAGCCGCACGCUCGAGCUCGAACGGUGAGUGCGGUCGCAGCGGUCCUGGGCCGGCGCAGCGGCGUUGCCAGCGCGAGAACUGUGCGUUCUAUGGGCGCGCGGAGACGGAGCACUACUGCUCGUACUGCUACCGCGAGGAGCUGCGGCGGCGGCGCGAGGCACGCGGGCCACGGCCCUGAGCGCGUGGUGUGCGGGCGGCGAGGUUUCCCCCAAAAGGAUUUCUUUUCCAUUCUGUCGGUGUCUUUUUUACAUGCUCUGGUCAACCGAAAGGCCGGCGCCUCCUCUGUCAGUGCCGUGUACGUGUUUGGUCAAACGUUCCUAAUGGUGCCUGAACCUACACUGACGCCACUCAGGUAGUAGACGGAUAGGAAACAAGUCAUACUGUUGGAAGUGGGUGUGCUAGCCUAGCA